CAAACCUAGAAAAGGAAACAGACUUUUAUUAGUUUAAACAUUUUAUCGUGGCAACUUGAAGUCAUAUAACAAUUUGCGAUCUCCUUGUGAACUAAACAUCACAAAUUAACAGAAUACUAAUUAUUUCUACUUCAUUUUGCCUACAACUUGCUUCAAAAAGGAAACAGAGGGUGAAGCGCACCUGCAAUCUGCGCAGCCGGAACCGGCUUCUCUUGUGUAUACGAUCGUCUCUUCCAGUCUUCUUUUGUGCAACAUAUUUCGCUGGAGCUUAAAGUCUUGUAGAUAAAAUGGCACUCAGCAACAAACUCAGUAUUGAUGCUCUGGAUUUGGGUGGAAAGCGUGUGUUGAUAAGGGUUGAUUUCAAUGUGCCACUAAAAGGUAAAGAAAUCACCAAUAACCAGAGAAUUGUGGAAGCACUCCCCACUAUCAAGUAUGCCCUGGAGAAAGGAGCUAAGUCUGUGGUGCUUAUGAGUCAUCUUGGAAGGCCAGAUGGAAACAGGAAUGAUAAAUUCUCUUUAGCUCCUGUGGCUGAGGAACUGAAGAAGUUGCUUGGAAGAGAUGUGACAUUCCUCUCUGACUGUGUGGGGGCUGAGGUGGAGGCAGCCUGUGCAUCUCCAGCCCAGGGCUCAGUCAUUCUUCUGGAGAAUCUCAGGUUCCAUGUGGAAGAGGAGGGAAAGGGAGUUGAUGCAGAGGGCAAGAAGGUAAAAGCCAGUGCUGAUGCCGUUGAACAGUUCCGUGCAUCUCUGAGUAAGCUGGGAGAUGUGUAUGUGAAUGAUGCCUUUGGUACAGCUCACAGGGCACACAGUUCCAUGGUUGGUGUCCAACAUGGCCAACGUGCUGCUGGGUUCUUGCUGAAGAAAGAGCUGACAUAUUUUGCCAAGGCCAUGGAGAGUCCAGAGAGACCAUAUCUGGCCAUAUUGGGAGGUGCCAAAGUGAAAGAUAAGAUCCAGCUGAUUGACAACUUGUUGGACAAAGUGAAUGAGAUGAUCAUAGGUGGUGGCAUGGCCUAUACUUUUCUCAAGGUUCUCAGUGGAAUGAAGAUUGGAAAUUCCCUAUAUGAUGAAGAGGGAGCUGGUAUUGUGAGCAACCUGAUGGCUAAGGCAGAGAAGAAUGGUGUGAAAAUGCACCUGCCAUCAGAUUUUGUUACUGCUGAUAAAUUUGCUGAAGAUGCUCAAGUCGGAUCAGCCACACUGUCAGAGGGGAUACCUGACGGCUGGAUGGGCCUUGACUGUGGUCCAAAGUCUUCUGAAGAAUUUAGUGCUGCGGUUUCAAGAGCAAAAACCAUUGUGUGGAACGGGCCUGUGGGUGUCUUUGAGUUUGAGAACUUUGCCAAAGGAACAAAGGCUGUGAUGGACGCAGUGGUGAAUGCAACAGAGAAAGGAGCUUCCACUAUCAUUGGUGGAGGUGACACAGCCACUUGCUGUGCAAAAUGGGGCACUGAGAAGAAAGUAAGUCAUGUGAGUACAGGAGGAGGAGCAAGCUUGGAGCUCUUGGAAGGUAAAACUCUUCCUGGUGUUGCAGCUCUGUCUGACCUGGCAUGACACAGAAAAGACUGAAGUAGAAUACAAUUCUACCAAGUUAUCGCGCAUUGUGUUUAUCCUCUCAGAGAAUAACAAGACUCUAACUUGAAGUAAACCAUUUUUUUCUUGAGAAGCUGUUUUUUAAUUUUAAAAAAUGAGUAAUGCAAAUCCAACACAAAUAAUAUCUAAGCAUGAUACCAAACAGUGCUUCCUAGAUUUUGUUUUCAGUGUGUAUAGACACUGAUGUAUUUUUUCUGCCCUAAACACUCCUUUUCAAGUUUUCUGUAUUUAAACACCUUGUUGAAGUCGGAAGCGAAACCAUAAAAACAAGGUGAAACUAGGCAUGCUUGAAAUUAUGUUAUUGAUCAAAUGAUUGAUGGAAGUCGAAGUUUGGUAGAGCUGAUAUGGUAGCCAAUAUUGCGUCACAAAAUGGGCAGCUUUUCUCAACAGUCCCUUGUCUUUUCAUAUUGUGCACAUUGUGAAGGUUAAAGCAUGAGAGUCUGACAUCUUCCAACAAAAAGUUGAGUCAGCACUCAAAGUUAUUUCUGCCAUAACUUCAUGCAUAUCUUUUAGACUCUAGCACCACUAACUACAGAAUUGAAGGUUAAUACCAGUAGGUAUUUAGACAGAUUAUUUGAGCUAACCCAGUUGUCUUGGAUAAACCCAUAAUAAAAAAAUACCAUGCAUUUGAAAGAAACCGAUAACUCAGUUGUAGUCUUUCUUUCUGUAUGUUCCUUAUUUCAAAAAGAACUUUCUGUCAUGCUUGGGUAUUAGUAUGCAAAGAACUGCCAUUAUCAGUCAUCUCGGGAAUAAAAUAUUAUAACAGUUAGAUGUUUGUAAAAACUUUUGUUUCUUGCGAAUGCUUUUGUAAUUUGAAAAAAAAAAUGUCCUAAACAUUCUGUGAGCAUAUUAUUGUAGUUUCCCAUUAGAUGGUUUUUGAAAGAUGGAAUUUAAUAACUAAGGGUCAAGGCUUGCAUUUCCUUUAUUUUGUUAGAAUCUGUCAUGGUGUGUCAUGUAUAAUUCACUGGGUUAUACAGAAUUAACAAGGUGCUUUUUAUGUUUCCGUUUUUUUAUUUAGGUUUCUUUGUUUAACAAAGGUAGAUUUUACUGAAAUGUGUAUUUUUGAUGUGUGUAUUCAUAGGAUACAAUCAUACAUGUAUUACUUUAUUCUGAAAUCCACCUCAUUGAUGUGUUUUAUGUAUCACACUGGUAUUUCUCCAGGCAUAAAAGAUUGAUUGAUUGAUUGAUUGAUUCUCCUUUUUUUAUAUUUGUCACUGAAGAAAAUGGACAAUGAUCGUUUUUUCUGGAGCUGCAAGGUUUUGUUAUAUGGCACCAAUGCCAAAGCAUAAUGUCACAUUCAUCAAUUCAAACUUACUUAAGAUGCAGACUUUGAUUUUUUACAUACAUGUAGGUAAAAUUUACUAGGUAAAUAUUUGUAUACCUAGACUUUAUCUAUGGUGUGUAAUUUGCAUUAAAAGGCCAAAAUUGUUAAUAAACAUUUCAUGUAUCAUCUA